AUGACAAAUCAAAUCGACAAACUCCGCGUCACAGGCGACAAUCGUUACACAAGGAAAUCCACCGUAGUCAAUGGCAGGAAGUGGUGUAAGUCAAUACAACUGACCAGAUCUAUCCGGGCAGAAACACCCAAAAAAAAAUUGAAAAAAUAGAGGGGACAUGCUGAUGCGUUUAGAUUACCUCGACGCCCCUUCCUCAGCACCGGAACGCGGCACCAUCUUCCUCAUCCACGGCUUCCCCGACCUCUCCUUCACAUGGCGCUAUCAAAUCCCCCUCCUGACCUCCCUCGGCCUCCACUGCAUCGCUCUCGACUGCAUGGGCUACGGCUCCACGGGCACCUCCGACUCCCUCUCAAAUUUCGGUUUCAAAGCCCACGCCGACGCCAUCGCCACCAUCGCCCAGGAAAACCACAUCUCCCACGCAAUCAUCGGAGGCCACGACUGGGGCGGCAUCACCGUCUACCGAGUCGCGCAGUACUACCCUUCCCUGAUCACGCACAUCUUCAGCGUGUGCACGCCCUUCACGCCGCCUGUGGAGGCAUUCAUCGGGACGCGGGAAUUGGUGCGCAGCGGGAAGGUGCCGCAGUUUGGGUACCAGUUGCAGUUUGGGAGCGAGGAGGGAGUCGUGGAACGGGCGGUAGAUGGGGAUGAAGGGAGGAUGAGGAAGUUUUUGAAUGGGCUUUAUGGUGGGAAGACGGAAGGUGGGAAGAAAUUUAUGGAUCCCCGGACCGGGGUUGAUUUGGGGAUUGUGGCGAAGGGGGAGGUUGAGAGGAGUGUUCUGAUGAGUGAGGAGGUAAUGUUCUCUCUGUCUUUUCAUUUCCUUUUUUUUUUUUUUGGUUCGAUCUGCGCAAUGGUAUGUAUCCCUUUGCUAAUGCUUCGACGGUCUCUUAGGAAAUCGACUUCUACGUGCAGGAAUUCAUGAAGAAUGGCAUCCACGGGCCGUUGAACUGGUACCGAACGCGCAAAGUCAACUGGGAAGAUGAGAAAUCCAUCCCGGCAAGUCUCCGGACGACGAUCAGGCAACCGGUGCUCUAUAUCCUGGCUACCAAGGAUGAGGUCUUGACACGGGAUAUGGGCAGGAAUAUGGAAACCAUGUGUCCCAACCUCACGAGGGGGGAAGUUCCCGCGGGACACUGGGCACUCUGGCAGACGCCGGAGCAGAUCAAUGGGCUUUUGAAAGGGUGGGUUGAAGGCGUGGUCUUUGGCGGGAAGAGUAAGUUGUAG